CCCCAUGUUGGUUAUAACCAACAACUCCCACAAAUAUGCCAUCACCACCUCCUAUAGGGGAUAACCCUCCACAUUCAAGUUCAGCAGCCAAUGACUUUGAAGAUGUUUCCAACAAUCGUCCAAUCAUUACACCUAUUGGAGGAGGGUUUUAUCCAACAAAAACAGCAUCCAAAGCAAUCACAGCCACCAUCAAGCAACAGUUUGAUGAGCCAUGGGUGACAUGGGGAAAUAUACCUCAGACACAAAGAGAUGUUUUCUUUGAGCGUUUUAGGAGGAAGGUUUCAUGGAGGUCUAACCAUGAAGAAAAGGUGAAAAAAAAUUUCCACACCAAAGCAUCUCAUAGAUUAUCUGAGAUGUUUAAAAAGGCUCGAACAGAAGGAAAAAAACCUAAUUGGAUGGGGGAUAUUGUUUGGAAUGGUCUUUUGGAGAAGUGGAACAUGCCACUUUAUAGACAAAAAUGUGAAACGGCCAAAAAGAACAGGACAUCUGACAAGGGUGGUUGUUUGCACACUGGGGAUCCAUUAGCGUGCAUGAGCAUGCAAUUUUCACAGGAGCUUGGUCGGUCAGUGCAUGUUGAUGAAAUAUUUCAGCAAACACAUAUUCGAGCAUCAAUAGGACAAUUUGUCGAUGAAAGGUCUAGGCGGAUGAUGCGGGCGUCGCGACCCGUCAAAUUUGAUUGCACGAAAAUAUGCAAGUUUGAAGCAAAAUUUUCUCAAAUAAGAUCUGAGACAGCAUCUGUUGGUGCUUCAGCAUGUUCUCCCCUAGACCCUGCAGAUGAGGAAAGAUUGAGGAACCAAUGUUGGUUGGACGUUGCUGGUGGAAGGUACAAGGGACGCGUAUACGGCAUUGGAAAUGUCAGUGCUCAAGAUGACUGUGUUGAUAGUUACAUACAACAGACACAUGCAUCUUCUUCUCAGCAACCAAUGGCAGACGACAUUUCUAACCUCCACACACGAGUAUCAACCCAUGAUGACCAACUUCGACAGAUGAACUCUCAAUUACAAGGCUUUAUUGGCAUCAUAAUGCAGUACCUUCCGCCUCCUGCAGUCGCAAUUGCACAACAAUUUUUUCAAUCCCAAAAUCAGCCACAAACUAAUGUUCAACCACAACAACCACAACAACCACAACAACCAACAGAUCAACCACAAGAUGAUAAUGUUUAUGGAGAUUACUAG